GUAGAUCCCCAGUACAGUACGCGGAAGUAUAAUUUCGUCGAAGUCUCACCCUCAUUCAUAUAUGAGCGAUCUAGUUUCAGUGGACAUUUGUGGAAUUAUUAGAUCAAGCGGGGCCGUGUCUUUUAGGUAGGUUCAAAGUACAACUUAUGCGGAAGUAUAUCAUCAUGAGACACGACUAGUUUCAGUGGAAAUAACACAAAAGAUCUAAUAACAGAAAGUCUUAUCGAAAUUUGUUUUAAGUUUACCAUAGCAAUAGGGAUUUUUAUAUCAGACAAUAUUUAUUUUGAGACCUAGCUGACAAACAUGUUGAUUUUGCAUGUGAGUCUACCCCUGUAUGUGAUUGCUGUUUUAGGGUUUGUUAAAGCUGCUUUCAGUUGUCCAGCACAAAAUAAAUCAGCGGAACUGAGAUUUACUGUAAAACUUGGUAGCAAGGACUUUGUUAGAAUUAAUCACGAUGUUGAUAUACCAUGCUGUGCUGAAGGUUAUGAAAAUAUCACAUGGUACAAGGAAGUCAAUGGAAAUUGGCAGCCUGUCCCAUCAGAAUCAGAAGUACUGCAUGAUGGACAGGUACUCCAGUUUCUUGAUAUUCAAGACACUGAUGCUGCAACAUACAGAUGCUAUGUUGUUGGACAAUCAAAAGUUAUCUAUCAUGAUACACAAAUAGUUGUUGAAGGUAAGAACUCUCUCUUUGAAUGUUUUUUAUUUAUUACUUUAAAAAGAUUUUGAUAUUUACAUAAUCUUGUACAAUAUAAACCCUGUACCAC